AAUUUUAUAUGAAUGUUCCCCUUCAAUUUUUCAUUUUCAUUAAAGCCAAAACCAGAAAACCCCACAACACAAAGAGAAACAAAAAAAAAUGUUUUUUUUCUUUGUGGGUGGAUUAGAGCAACAGGUGAGGGAAGUGCUGAAAUCAGGCGUGGGCAGUUGCAUAUACUGUAAUUCAAGAGCUGAUCUUGUUGAAUACGAGAAAGCGUUGAAGCUUUUCUUUGUGCCCGUUUGGAGAUGGCCUGGAAAAGAGCCUGUCAUGCAUUGUAACAACUGCAAACUUUUCUUCCCUCAGCAUAUGUGUUUCCCACCGCCCGAUUCAUCAUCUGCGAUUUUAGAGGGUUUGCGUUGCCGUUUUUGUGAUCAGCUUGUUGAGGCUGAGUUCAGAUUCUGCCCCUUUUGUGGUUCUGCUAUCUAAUUUUCCCGAGACUCUGAUAUUGGAACUGCUAUCUAAUUUUCCCAAGACUCUGAUAUUGGAACUGCUAUCUAAUUUUCCCAAGACUCUGAUAUUGGAAUAAGGACUUGGUUGGUUGAUUGUAGAAUUUUCUUUUUCUCCUUUUGAACUGUCUGUUUGGUAAUAAAGUGUUGGUUUAGUAAAUAGUUUUUUUUAGUUUCAUGGGACUUUUCUUUUUCUUCAUACUAUUCUAUGAAAAAAAGUUGAGAGAUGCAAGGUUUUCGUUUGUUUGUUGAGAAAAUGCUAUUGAAAAUUGAAAUGAAUUAACAAAUUAAUGGUUCUUUAGGAAAGAGUAAUCCUUUUCAUUUUUUAUCAGUAACUGUUGAAAGUGGCAACUGUAACAGGUAAUGGAAUUUUUUAUGUUUUGACUCUAAUCAAUAGUAUAACAGCUU